GAAUGAUCACUGCUGCUGCCAGUCUUUCACCUGUCAUUGUCGUCUCUGUCUCCUCAAUCCCCUCAGUCUUUCGCAUUCGCGCACCGCCAAAAUGUUCCGCACUGCCCCUCGUAUGGCCGGAUUCGUGUUCCGCGAGAACCGUGUCCCUUACUACCAGCGUCUUUUCCAGCAGCACGACGGCAAGCGUCAGUGGUGGAAGACCGAGCGUAGCAAGUACGUCAUGUACCCCUACCUCCUCUCCGUCUACGGCCUGGGUGCUGCCACCACCUACGCUAUGAUCCGCAUGGUCUUCGGCCACAAGACCUGGUUCGGCAAGGAAUAAAUGAGGAUCUCGCCAAGCUACAUUUGUCCUAAUAUACAAAAUAAGAGCCUCGUUGCGAUUGGCGGUGUAUCUCUAUUUUUCAAGAUGGGUUGGUUGAGAGGAAGAUAUUCAACGUUGUAUAUAAGUUAAAGCUAGGGCGUCAAUGUGUGGAUUCUUUCCUCAACUCAAUCCUUAACUUUACGGCUGAAAGCUUGCUGUGCCCAUGGAUAGACUAUAUUAAUCUCGGAUGAUACUUAUAUCUAUUGCGUCUUCUGAGAAGCCAUUCAGUAAGUUCCUCUCGCUUUGUGUGCGGGCGGCACUUGUGUGAUGGUUCCCUCUAUAUAGUAGUAGGUCAAUAGCUAGACGAGACAAUUAUAUCUUUGUGCCUUGA